AUGACACAUUUAGGUUUUAGUUUUAUAUAUUUAUCUAUUUCUAUUUUAUAUAUUAUAAAUGUAUCAAUUGUACAUAGCCAAGAUCCAAGUGUGGUUGUUGCAGGUCAAACUAGUGCGAUUUGUUAUUACACUCGCACUUUAAAUGACGAUCCAAUUCUAUUCCCGAAUCAACCUGGAAUGUCAAUGUUCCACGAUUUCUUUGGUAAUUUCGCUGCCAAUGGUCGUACUACCAUAGAUUCAAUCUAUAAGUAUCCAGAAAACAAUUGCAAUAUCUAUGUCGAUGGAAGCUCCUAUUGGGCACCUACCCUUAAACAGCACGGCCAAGUCAUUAAACCUUUUGAUCAGAAGACUUAUUACCAAGUAUGGAAUACCUCUGUACACCCUGUACAUCCAAUGCCAAAGGGUCUUCAAUUGAUAGCUGGAAAUCCAUUGUCAACCAUUCCUUCACCAAAUAUUCUAAACUUUUUCUGUAAAGGAAGUGGUUAUAGUACUAAAAAGAUUGAUUGGUGUCCAGCUGCGUAUGAUGAUGAAACCGGAAAGACUCAUGUACGUUUCAAUAUUGGUGGAAUCUUGUUCCCAGAUUGUUGGGAUGGAAUCAACAUUCGUCCAAAUUUUACCUACAAAAACGCUGUGUACUCUGAUAGCUAUGGUCAAUGCCCACAAAACUAUCCUUUCCGUAUACCCCGUUUAAAUAUCAAUAUUGGCUAUGUUAUGCUCGACGCUAAUCUGACGGAUGUAGUUCUCUCUUUAAAUCCAAUCCACAAUGCCAACGGUACUCUCACAUGGCCAUGGGCAAACGUCUACUCGGCACACGCCGACUUUUACAAUGGUUGGCCAGAGAUGUCGAUGAAAUACAUGACCGAAGAAUGUUUCAACAAAGCCGUUGAUUGUGAUCACAACAUUCCAAGAACCUACUCGGUUUCCACCGACAACUAUGCAGCUGUCACACUACCAAACAACUCAACUAUUAAAGUGACCAACUCACUCUGGUUGGAUCUCAACACCACAUCGAUACCAUUCUUUAGAAUUCCACUUCCAAAAGAUGCUGCCGAUUCCUAUUGGCAAGAAGCUUUGAUGUAUUACUGGGGUCAAGAUAAUAAUAUUACCUCUCAACACACGAUGGUUUAUGGAUACUUGAUCUCGGCCGAUGUCUACAAUAGCAAGACACCGAGUUGUCCAACAACCGGACCGAAUAUACCAAUGUGGAUCGGUGUUAACAAUUUGACCUAUAUGACAAUGGAUAUGACUACACUUGCAAAUAAAUCACUUGCCGAUGGUGUUACCGAUAUCUAUCUGUGUAUUCGACCAGGUACCCCGGGUCAUUCCUAUUCGUUCCAAUCUGGUCGUGGACCAUGGUACCCAAUUUUGAAGUUCAAAAACCCAGAUGCACCACCAGGAGUUGACCAGACUACAACAACAUUUACAUCGACCGUAGUCACUUCGAAUCCAACAUCUGGUGUAACAACAGGAGCAUCUACAGGUUCAACUGCCAACCCAACAUCAGAAUCGACAACUGUUGUUGAUAAGAUCGUUACUACCAAACAUGGCAUCAAUAUCGGUCUUAAAAAGACUAAAUUUUUAUUUUUGAUUUUUCUCAAAAAAUUCUACAAAAACAAAGGAAUAAAAACUAAUAAACUUCUAUUCAUUUUCUUCUACAGAAAGAUAUUCUCUCCUUAUAAUUUUGAGAUAAUGAAUAAUAAUCUAUUUAAAUUAAUUAUUAACAAUAGUUAUAUCAGAAAAAUUAUAUUUAAUAAUGUUAGUUUGAUUCAUAGUAUUUUUGAAGAACCAGCAUUGAAAUGGUCAGAAUUGAUUAAAAGUGAAUAUCAUUUGGCUUAUUAUGGAUAUAUAGAUACAUUAAAGACAUUGAAAAUCGAAAAAAAGAAUAAGAAGUUCAAUAAUAGAUUAGCUAGAGAAAAAUUGCACCCAAUUCAAGUUUUAGAUUAUGUUCAUACUCUACCAAAUGUUGCUGCAAAACAAGGUAAUCAACAAUUGCUCGAGUAUCUCUUGGAAGCCGGUGAGUUCUUCAAUGGUGAAGAGUUAUCGUUGGCAGUAAAGAAUAAUCAUUACCAUUUAAUCAGUUUUCUACUCGAGAAAUUCGGACAGAAUCAAAACUUGGAUAGUGCUCUCUGUGAAUAUGCUGAACAAGGUCAUUUCGAGCUGUUCAAACAAAUCUACAAAUACUGUACCGAUGACAACGAAUGGAGUGAAAUAAUUGAUGUUGCAUUCAGGCAUCGUCAACUGGAAAUUGGAGAAUGGCUGUAUAGAGAGAGAGGUCUUGCUUGUAAACCUGAAACUGCAACGGAACUUCUUUCAUUUGGAGAUAGAGAUCUCAUCGAUUGGAUGAUUAACAACAAAUUUAAAUUCAGUAAAGAUGUUCUCAAUGAAGUAAUAAAGAUGGGUGACGUUCAACUGUUUGGUCGUCUGUAUAGUCAAAAUCUAUACUAUCUAAAUAAUGAUCGUGCAAUUAAAACUGCAAUUCAACAUAAUCAAAUGGAAAUGUUGAAUCAUUUGAUUUUCACUAGAAGAUUAAAGUAUAAUUCGAGUAAUCUGGCAGGAAUCGGAGCACAUGGUAAUCUGGAAAUGAUGAAGCGAAUCGGUGGAUCUAAACUUCAGUUUUUUGGCAAAUCUGCAUUCUCUGCAGCUGCAGAAAACAACCUCGUCGAUAUCAUAGAUCAUAUGCACGACAUUGACUUGAGAAUCAGCUGUAAAAUAUCAUCUUUGAAAACUAUUGUUGAACGAGGAAACUUAGAUAUGUUGAAGCAUCUUCAUUUGACACAACCAACUACUUUCAGAACGGAACUUAUCACUAAAGCAGCGGAAUUCGAUCAUAUCGAUAUUCUCGAAUAUUUGAUAUUGGAAUUAGAUAUAGUUCCUACAACCGAUGGCAUUGAAGCUGCGGCUGCCAAAGGAAAUAUCAAAUCAAUAGAAUUCAUAUAUAACAACACUUCAGUCAAACCAAAUGUAAAAGCACUCGAAAAAGCAAUCACCAAUAAUCAUUAUAGUGUAGUGAAAUGGAUUGGCAUCAAUGAACCAAAUCUUCUACAAAGAUUCUUAACGUUUAGUAUUUCCAAACAAUUCGAUAUCAGAAUAUUUAAGAUUCUCAGAAAUGGAGGUUCUACAUUUGUUUGUCACGAUCAUAUAGUGAACGCUCUCAAGUAUGGUAGAUUCGAUAUUGUCGAGCUUUUAAUGGAUAUCGGUAGUUUUCUAUCGGAUGAAUUAAUGUUGUCAUCGAUAAAGAAACCGGUUUUCACCAGGCAUGACAUUCCAUUCAAGUCUAUCAGAUACUUUUUCACCAAAUAUGGAGAAAUCAAUAACACUGAUAACAUAAUUUUACAAAAUUUUAGUACUACCGAUUUAGAGCAUGCUCAUUUCAUAUUUGAAAGAUUGGAUGAUCGACAAUGGAGUAGAUUUUUACUACCACUAAUGAAAACUUCGCUUGGUUUCACUCGCUAUCUACUGGAAUAUCGCCAAAAACCAAUACUACCUAAUUUUUGUUAUCUUAACAAUGAUAUGGUAAUGAUAAGAAACAUAAUGGAGUCAACAAACGAAUGA